AGACCUAUUUUGCUCUAAACUCCUAUAUUUUCGUACCCAAAUAUCUCUCUCUCUCUCUCUCUCUCUCUCUCUCAUAAAGCAGUUGAAUUCACAUGCAUAUAUAGAUCACCGCGUAACAGUCUCUCCCUCUCUCUCAAUCUUCACAAGAACCCCGCUUAAACCCUAUCGCUCUCCUCUCCUUUUCUCUCUCUCUCCACUUUUUCUCUUCUUGCUCAAGAAAACCAUUCAAAACCAAGAAAUCUCACAAACCUAUCUCUGAAAAUCAAUCCAUGGCUCAAGAAAUCGAAAAACCCAGAAAGGUUCAGUACCCACACGACUCAACCUGUUAUAAAAUCACCGAUGAGAUCGGCCGAGGAGUGAGUGCAAUCGUAUACAAAGCCAUAUGUAUUCCGAACUCGACUGUCGUAGCGAUCAAAUCAAUCGAUCUCGAUCGAUCUCGAACCGAACUCGAAAGCGUUCGUUUAGAAGCCAAGAUAAUGUCGCUUCUCUCUCAUCCCAACAUUCUCAGAGCUCAUUGUUCAUUCAUGGUGGAUCAUCGUCUUUGGGUAGUCAUGCCUUUCAUGUCCUCUGGUUCUCUUCAAUCGAUCAUGACUUCUUCGUUCCCAGAUGGUUUAUCUGAGCCUUGCAUUGCUGUGAUUCUCAGAGAAACUUUGAAUGCUCUGUCUUAUCUUCAUAAUCAAGGUCAUCUUCAUAGAGACAUCAAGGCUGGGAACAUUCUUAUUGAUUCAAAUGGGUCUGUGAAGCUCGCUGAUUUCGGAGUUUCCGCGUCGAUUUAUGAAUCGAAUUCGGGGAAAGGGUCGAAUUCGGGUACCAAUUCGGCGUCUGGGAGGCUCACUGAUCUCGCCGGAACACCGUAUUGGAUGGCACCGGAGGUGAUUCACUCUCAUACUGGGUAUAGUUUCAAGGCUGACAUAUGGUCUUUUGGAAUCACUGCUCUUGAAUUAGCCCAUGGAAGACCUCCUCUGUCUCACCUCCCUCCUUCAAAGUCCCUGAUAAUGAAGAUCACCAAGCGUUAUCGAUUCUCCGAUUACGAAAGGGCCAAGAACAGCAAGAACAAGAAGUUUUCCAAGAAUUUCAAGGACAUGGUGGGUUUGUGUCUCGAUCAAGACCCAUCAAAAAGGCCCUCCGCUGAGAAAUUGCUGAAACAUUCAUUCUUCAAGAACUGUAAAAACUCUGAUUUCCUAUCCAAGAAUCUUUUGGUGGGUUUGCCGAGUGUUGAACAGCGAUUUAGGGAAAUCAAGCUUCAGAGACUCGAGUCGAUGAAUUGCAGAAGUGCCGAUGGUGAUGAUGAAGACGACCAAGUGUUUUUAAUCGGUGGUGUGACUGUGAAACAGAGGAGGAUCAGUGGGUGGAACUUCAAUGAAGAUGGGUUUGAAUUAGACCCUGUUUUUCCAGUGAGUAAGGAAGACAAUGAAAUUGACAAUGAUAUUGUGAAACAAGUCCGAUUUGGCGGCGAAACCAUCAUUCGAGACAGGGGAGGAGAGUCAGAGAAGUUGAAUUUACAGACCCAACUGGCUGAUGGUGAGAUUGGUGGUGGUGGUGGUGGAUCAGUGGAUAGGGACGUGAUGAUGGGGAGUUUGAUGUUUCUGAAGAAGAGUUUGGAUGAUCAGAGGCAAAAAGUGAUGAACAUGAUUGAUAUGAUCAAUGGGGAAGAGAAUGUGGAAAUGAGCAGAGAAUUACAGUUGAUGCAAGUGAUUGAGAAUCUGAAGAUGGAAUUGGAGAAUGUGAAGAAGAGGAACUUUGAAUUGGAGAUGGAAUUGGGGGUUUCUCAGUUAACAGCAAAACAACAGUCCCUCUGAUUUUAAGAUGGUUCCAUGGAAAUGAAAUUCAUAGCAUAGGCAGUGGAGUUGGAAUUAGAUCAUGAAUGUAGUAUGGAGUUGUGACACUUUACUCUAUGAUGCUCUGUUUUGUAAGUCCAUUCAUUCAAUAGUUGGAAUGGGCUUAUUUGAAAGAUUGGCAUUGCCAAAGAUACUAUAUGUUUUGGAAAAAUAAAUAAAGAUGGUUGAUUAGGUACAGUUGGAUUUAA